AUGUCCUGGACCAACGAUGGCCUUCACAUCGCCCUGGGCCUCUUCAGCGGCCAUGUGAGCAUUAGAGACAAGUUCGGCGAGGAGAAGGCAGACAUCGUUCGGCAAGCUCCGAUUUGGACGUUGGCGUGGAAUCCCGUGCAGACCAAGCAAGACCCGACUGACGUGCUGGUCGUGGGAUGCUGGGACCAGACGCUGUCCUUCUACAAG